AUGACUUCUCUCGGUACUUUGGCGGGUCGGCCUAUUUCUUCAACCACUCGAGAGCAGUUUGAACGGUACAACCGUAUGGAUAUUCUUGGAGAAGGGACAUAUGGUGUUGUGUAUCGUGCAGUCGACAAAGUUACAGGACAGAUUGUGGCUUUAAAGAAAGUACGAUUGGAUCGCACAGAGGAAGGAAUCCCACAGACUGCUCUUCGAGAAGUUUCCAUUUUACAGGAAGUUCAUCAUCCAAAUAUUGUAAAUCUGCUUGAUGUUAUUUGUACCGAUGGCAAGCUUUAUUUGAUUUUUGAGUAUGUUGAUCACGAUCUCAAAAAAACACUUGAAAAAAGGGGUGGAACUUUUACUGGACUUCUUUUAAAAAAGCUUCUUUAUCAACUCCUUGAUGGCCUAUUUUUUUGCCACAGACACCGAAUUGUGCAUCGUGAUCUCAAACCUGCCAAUAUUCUUAUUACAAAUGAUAAUGUUCUCAAGAUUGCUGAUUUUGGUUUGGCCCGCACAUUUCAAAUUCCCAUGCACACUUAUACCCAUGAAGUUGUCACAUUGUGGUAUCGGGCUCCGGAGAUAUUAUUGGGAGCGAAGCACUAUACUCCUUCUGUGGAUAUUUGGAGUGUUGGCUGUAUUUUUGCGGAAUUGGCUCGAGGUAAGGUUGUUUUUCGUGGGGACAGCGAAAUCGGGCAACUGUUUGAAAUAUUUCAAGUUCUUGGGACACCAAGGGAUACUGAGGGAUCAUGGCUGGGAGUAUCUUCUCUUCCUGAUUAUCGCGAUGUAUUCCCCCGUUGGGCCGGAAAAUCUCUUGCUCAGGUGAUUCCACAGCUUGACACUGAGGGAAUUGAUCUUCUCUCACGAAUGCUCAAGUAUAACCCUGCUGAAAGGAUAUCUGCAAAGGAGGCAUUGCAGCAUCCGUGGUUCAACGACGUUAGAGUGUAG